UGAAUUCUUUAUUCCUUUUCGGAAUCCGGAGAAACAUCUGUUAUAGAUGCAAUGAUUUCCUUUUCGUGUGUGUAAGGGAAUGUCUCACGAAUCUGAAUACUUAGCUAUUAAAUAUUGUUUAGUCUGGAAUCUGGGAUUUGUUGAAUUUGCUAUUAAGUGAUAUAACGGGUUGUAACGUUACGAUCAGAUCUUUUCGGGUUUGUUGCUUUUGAAUACCUGCGGGGACGAUCUUCUCAGCCAACAUCUCGGAGAAGUACGAGGUUGGAAUGUCCAUCCUGCCCCCUUGCCCAUAACCCACCUCUGCCAUCCUCGGCAUCAGCCAAUGUCCCAUCUCUCCAGCACUGGUUUCCCUCCCUCUCCUGGGCUGGGUGUUGCGUGUAGUUCCCCCUCCCCAUCUUUCGCUCCUGUUCUAGGGGGUGUCCAGUAUCUCCUGUUCUAGAGGAGGGUGUCAGCGCUCGGGUGGUGGUGGUGGGGGUCUGAGCCGCUGCCAUGUUCUCGUCCUGUACAGUGCUUGCCCACACAUGCACUGGGUGGAGGUUGUAGUAGUAGUAGUAGUAGUGGUGGCGGCGGUGUCAUGAGAUGCUGCUGUGACUGGAGGAAGCAUGAGAGCACACUUGCACUGUACUGCAGCAUUGCUCUCCUCGCUCCCUGUGCUCCAGGCAGCCUGUGUGCAGUGGGGGAGGUGCUAGAGCACAUCAAGCGGUGUAAUUUUAUACAUUACUGAAUCAGUGCAGGCGAAUCCUGGAGGGACAGGGCUGCAUCUUGGCUGUAGACUGCAUCUGCUGCGCUCUCCCAUCCAGCCAUGCUCUGAGGAGAAGCCACCGUCUCUGUGCAUUUCUGCUGCCGCUGCUGCUGUUGCCUUUCUCCCUGCAUCUGGGUGACUAAUAAACUCACUGUGGGAUGGCUUUAGUAAUGGAACCCAUCAGCAAGUGGAGCGCCAAGCAAGUGGUGGACUGGAUGAAAGGGUUGGACGAUUGUUUGCAGCAAUAUAUCAAAAAUUUCGAGAGGGAAAAGAUCAACGGGGAACAACUACUGCACAUCACCCACCAGGAGCUGGAGGAGCUGGGCGUCACCCGCAUUGGGCACCAGGAACUUAUUCUGGAGGCAGUUGACCUGCUCUGUGCCCUGAAUUACGGUCUGGAGACGGAGAACCUGCGGACGCUCUCUCACAAACUUAACGCAUCAGCCAAAAAUCUGCAAAACUUCAUAAUGGGUAGAAGGCGGAGCGGGCACUACGAUGGGAGGGCCUCCCGGCGACUGCCAAACGACUUUCUUACCUCCGUAGUGGAUCUGAUCGGUGCUGCCAAGAAUCUCUUAGCCUGGCUGGACAGGUCUCCGUUUGUCAGUGUGACGGAAUAUUCACUGCUGAAAAAUAACAUUGUUCAACUGUGCCUGGAACUCACCACCAUCGUGCAGCAGGAUUGCACCGUCUAUGAAACGGAAAAUAAAAUUCUCCACGUGUGUAAAACAUUGUCGGGAAUCUGUGAUCACAUCAUCUCUCUGUCAUCGGACUCAUUGGUGUCGCAGUCGGCUCACCUGGAAGUCGUUCAUCUCACCAACAUCAUGCCCAGCGAAGGCCUGGGGAUGUACAUCAAAUCCACGUACGACGGGCUCCACGUCAUCACCGGGACCACGGAAAACUCUCCUGCCGACCAGUGUAAGAAGAUCCACGCGGGUGAUGAGGUUAUUCAGGUGAACCAUCAGACGGUGGUUGGUUGGCAGCUGAAAAACUUAGUCAACGCCCUAAGGGAAGAUCCCAGUGGGGUUAUACUAACCCUGAAGAAGAGACCUCAAAACACCUUAGCAUCAGCCCCUGCACUUCUAAAGAAUGUGAGAUGGAAACCACUAGCACUACAGCCUGUAAUUCCCACCAGUCCAAACAGCGGCAACACCACCCCAACGGGCACCAUGGGGAUGUCCUCCAAGCUAGACGGUUCGGCCCUUCAUGACGUCUUCAUCCUUUCUCCUGUGUCUGGACUUUAUGGCCCCAGGGACGACAUUGGGAUUGUGCCGUGCGAUGACAUCAAUAAAUAUGGCGUCAGUAAAUCUGUAAUGAAAGGCUCCGAGUCUCCCAGCUAUUAUCUGGAACAUGAGAGCGGCAAAUAUUACACUUUCGUAGAAGGAGAGGGGCAUGAAGUGGGCACAGAAUAUGAGAGAGGCAGAACAACCGGGGUGCGGAGAAGAGAGAAGACGCCGACUCACGGGGACCUGAGGCCGGUGUCGAUGCCGACAGAAUACAACUGGAUCGGGGAACCCAAGGAGCCCAAUAUGUAUAAGAGAGGGAGCAGAGACUCUGAGAAUUCUCUGCUGCGAUACCUGAGCGAUGACAAGAUCCUGGUGAUACAAGAAGAGCCGGUCACCCAGAAAGACAACAAGAGGGACACCGGGCGCCACUCCAGGAAAAAAGGCAAAAACCCCGGCAGCCCCAGUUACCCCAUCAGCCCUUCAAUGUUAACCUCAUCGGGGAGGCUGGACCCCGCACAACAAGAUGCCCUGACCUUCUCCCUUGCCGAAAGUAACACAGUGCCCCUGUACCAUAGAGCGGGCGACACCAUCGGGGGAGACUCUGAGAGGUACACGAGUUCUGCGAUUGAGCGACAAGGAACCACAUCGAUGAGGAAGUCUUUCCAUUACGCAUCACUGAGGGUUAAAAGCAAAAAAAGAUCAAAAGGAGGGUCACUCACAAGUGGGAGCAGACGGCGAAUCUCCUGCAAGGACCUGGGACACGGUGACUGCGAGGGCUGGUUAUGGAAGAAGAAAGACGCCAAAGGUUACUUCACGCAGAAGUGGAAAAAGUACUGGUUCAUUCUGAAGGACUCGUCCCUGUACUGGUACACCAACCAGAACGAUGAGAAGGCGGAAGGUUUCAUCAGUUUACCGGAAUUCAGGAUAGACCGAGCCAUCGAAUGUAGAAGGAAACACGCCUUCAAAGCUUGUCAUCCAAAAAUCAAGAGUUUCUUCUUCGCUACAGACUGUCUGGAGGAGAUGAACAGGUGGAUGAAUCGUCUGGGCCUCGCUGCUAUCGGGUACACGCCGGAUGAAAAGGACAUCAGGCCGAACGAAGAUUACUGGAGUGAAAGUGACCAGGACGACAUCGAUGGCUCAAUGACAUUAAAACAGGAACCUCAGACAACAGCGAGUGACACGUACCACCGCAACUCCUCAGUGAAUUCCUCGAGUCCAUUUCCAGAACAGAAGCACGGACGACACUUUUCUAGUGAAUCCACCUAUUCCCACUCUUCUGCGGAGGACUCCAGGCCAGACGCCCUGGGAAGCACGCACUCCUCCAGUUGUCGGCCCACAUUCCGGGAUCGGCGGUCCUGGCAGGAUCUCAUAGAGACCCCUCUGACCAGUUCAGGACUCCACUUUCUCCAGACCGUCCCUACAGAUUCUGAAUAUGUAGCAGGAAGGACAGGAAUGUCUCCGGAGAGGAGAAGACAAGCUACGCUCCCGGUUCAGCGGCGCCACAAUCACGAGCGGGAAGGGCCCUUUCCUCUGGUGGAAUCUACCAGAGGCCACACAGCGCACCCCAGGACGCAAAAACAACGCAGCCAAAGUUUGCCCAGGAACCGGGACGCCAGAGGGAAAAACCGUAAUAAGAACGCCGGCCUGUUAGAGGAGAAACCGGAGGAGGAGCCGCUGAAGAGGAAGCACAGCAGCUCCAGCAGAGAAGAGAACAAGAAAGAGACGCGGUGCAGCACGGACGGACUGCAGGAGCUCUACAAGACGCUGGAACAAGCCAGUCUGUCCGCCUUCGGGGAGCAGAGACCCUCAACCAAGCAGGAGUUCAGGAGAUCCUUCGUAAAGCGAAGCAACGACCCUGUCCUGAACGACAAGCUUCACCGCAUCCGAGUCCUGAAGAGCACUUUAAAGGCGAAGGAAGGCGACCUCUCCGUCCUCAACGCCCUCCUCGAGGACCCGGCCUUGACGGCCAAGAAGUUCAAAGACUGGAAGCAGAAAAACUUUGAGUUUUUUAUUGAUAUUUGUGAGUACAGCGGAACCCUGAAACCUCAGAACGGUGCCUCCGACCUCGCCGCGCCGGCGGCCCAGAUCUCGCACACCCAUUCCUUCAUUGAAACGCACGUCUGACCGGCGGGGAGGAGCACCACCCAAGAACGUCCCCUAACACCCCGCCAGGAGCCUCCAAUGGCUUGUGACCUGUGAGAAGCACUGUAAUAUUUGUACAUAAUGUAAUCAAUUGGAUUGUAAAUAGACUGGAUACGAGAAUAGCGCCACCAGAUGCCUAUGACAUUGCAUGACCGAGCAGAAUUCUUCUUCUUCUUUUAUGGAUUCUCUUUGCUUUGCUGUAUGUAUCAGGGUCGGCAUCCACACUGAAUUGUCAGGAGCUCCCGGGAUACCCAGGUAACUGCGCCAGUGGCGUUCAGUGCACAAAAUGGCGGCAUCCAAGGAGCGUCCUCUGUGUACAUCUAUAAGGUGACAACCUCCGAGCCAUUCUGUAUACAUAGAUAAGACGUCCACCCAGGACUCCCUAUCUAUGUAUAGAAGUGAUCCCAUCGAUCAGAUUACAUUUUUUUCCCGUCUUUCAUACAUGAGCAGCGAAACGGAUUUAGCGUCCUGGUCGCCGCCAUCCAUUGUUAUACACAUUUAUUUUUACUAUUUCUCCUGGGAGCAGAGGGAGAGGUUCCAGGCUGCACACGAGUAUACGGCUCAGCCUCUUAGUGCCUUAAGAUGUACAUUGUGCAUCCUGCAGACGGCGGAUUUUCUUGCACGAAAGCUCGAGACGCGAAACCGCCGAGCGACGGGAGCUUGGGGACCUUGUCAUCGGUUUACGGGAUGCUUCAGCUUAAGGUGGACUUGUCCUUGCAGGAUGAACGCUCUCACCACUGUGAUUCUUGUGCCACUAGCCUGUGACUUUAUCUACCACACUUGUCUAUGGACUGAAGGUGAAACGCGAUGGGUCAGGAAAAAAAAACAAAAAAACAUGGAGGAGGAGUAGGAGGCCGACUAUGGACUGAGUGUGUAAAACAGAGAGUAAGUCGUGUCCACCGCGAGGUGAAUCCAAUGUAUGUGAAACGUCAGAUAGAGAAAUCCAAUAUGUCCACGGACAGCGAGCGCCGGGUUCUUCCAGCUUCUGUUAAAUCUGAUGCUUGUGGUCAAGGUUUGUCUCUUGUUUACCGUCACCGCUCUUUGUCGCAUAAAUUACUUUCAGGGACGCCUCUUAAUACUGUCGCCACAGUCCGGUGGGGAAAAUAUACACACCGUACACGCGCUUUACACAGGACUGGGAGGGAAGGGUUAGGGUGCGUUCACACUGAGGAAUAGGAGAGGAAUCCUCGCGUAAAAAUUCCAGCGUGGAAUUUACAGGGUUUUUUCACACAAAAUUUGCGCAAAAAUUGCACGGAAUUAAUGGAGAUUUUUCACGCGGAAUAUUUUUUUACUGGACUACAACCACCAAUUGGAAUUUCCCUUUUUUAUUUAUUUAUUUCUUCGUGCUGAAUUUCCACGCGGAAACGAUUUCAAUUAGAAAUUUUUUUUACCAAUGACUUCAAUGGACUUCUGCUCGCGUAUUCCGCAAGAGGAAUGAACACGUUUUUUCUUCUAGCGGAAUGGAAUUCUGCGAGCGGAAUUUACGCAGGGUGAACAGUGCAGAAGUAAAAUACAUUGAAGUCAAUGGCAAAGCAGGUGUUAAUUAUUUCUAAGCGGAGAAUUCAAGAGGAGUUACUCAGUGUGAACGCACCCUUAAACGGACUGAUCCCAUAUUCUACUAUUCCUUAAAGGGGUACUCCGCUGCUAGACAUCUUAUCCCCUAUACGAUGUCUGAUCGCGGGGAUCCGACACGCCCUCUCCCAUAGACCUAAUUGGAGGGGGCGUGGUGUGACAUCACGAGGGGGCGUGGCCGUGACAUCACGAUCACGGCCUCCGGCCCAGAGCAUUCUGAACAAAAUGUUCAGAACGCUGGGGCACCGGAGUACCCCUUUAAUGGCGGACAAAUGUUACAAAUCUGUCUAAAAGCAAAACUGUCUCUGUUGCCCAUAGCAACCAAUCACAUUACAGCUUUAAUUUCGCCAGAACAUAUUUAGGAAACGAAACUUUUUUCUUUUAAGGGUAGGGUCAGGCGAGCCCCCUAUCUGUGAAACACGCUGUUAGGCGCGCACACACACAGGGAUCUGCGUGACUGUAGUAAACUGCGCACGCGUGCGUGCGCAGUUUACUACAGUCGCGCAGAUCCCUGUAUGUGCGCUCCUAGCAGCGGAUUGCUGCUACCAGUGGGCACAGACGAGGGGCUCGCCUUAGGGUCGGUUACGCAUGACCCUACCCUUAAGCUGCCUUUGUUGCCUAUAGCAACCACUCAGAACUCAGUUUUCAUUUCUUGAUCAGUGCUCACAAAAAUGAAAGCUGCGCUGUGAUUGGUCGCAAAGGGCAACAAAGACAGUUUUGAACAAUGAGACCCAGUCUUGUUGCCCAUAGCAACCAAUCAGAGUUUAGUUUCACUUUCAUGAAUCUAUUCAGGCAAAAUGAAAGUUGCAAUGCGAUUGGUUGCUGGGCAGCUUUCAUUUCUUAAUCUAGAUAGCCGCACCGUGAUUGGUUGCUAUAGGCAACAAAGGCAGAGCCUCAUUUAUCAAAACUGAAAAAAGAAGACGCUGUCUUUGUUGCCCAUAGCAACCAAUCAGGUCUCAGUUUUCAUUUCUUGAUCUACUCUGGCAAUAUCAAAGCCGUGCUGUUGCUAUGGGCAACAAAGACAGGUAUAUAUCAAGUAUGGUGCACCUGACCGGCCCUGUUAUUCUGCUGAUCUGCAGUGACCCCAGAGUUUUAUCUACACUCAUAUUACAUCAAUGACCCGCAGGCAGCGCCGGGUCAGGUGAUCGCGUCAUGGCAGCAUCACGUGUAAACUGGAUACAGAGGGAAAUCGUCAACGUAUCUUCCCAGUGUUCUGCUUCCAGAUGGAGCACUACUCAUCCAAAGCGACAAUCUCAGGUUACCCCCUCCGGUCGGUCUUCAUUUCCUAUAUUUGUUACAAUGUAUUCCUGAAUUUUAAAGGCGGAAGGUUUUCGGAGCUGCACGCUAAUGGCGAUUAAAGGGGUGUCCCAAAGGAACAUUUCUAAAAUGACGUCAUUAUUAAAUACAAUUUACAUAUUGCAGAAUGCCAAACAUGGCUGCCAUGUCACAACAUACCGGUGUUCUCAUCUAUGUUUAAGGGGUUCUCUGACAAUGAAACCUACCUAAUAAAUGAACAAAAUCAUAUAUUUGAUCAAUAAAGUUAUUUUAAGUCCUCUCUACUUUCCUUUUGCUUCUGACACAAACUGUCUGUUCCGUUAUCCUUAUUCACCCAACUUCCUGUCUAUUGAACAUCCUGUAACAGACUUCCUGUUUGAAGGAUUUCCUGUAACAGAUUUCAUGUCUAGCCGGGAAUUGAGCCAACUCUAUGUCCCUUCCACUAUGUGGGAGGAGUUAGGGUUGGCUAAAUUCCCAGCUUGAGUGUCCUGCCCAGACACUAAGUUUGGCUAAUGAAGACAAUAGAGCAGACAGUUGGCAUCAGAAGCAGGAGGAACGCAUAAAAGACCACAAAAAGGUAAUAAAACUACUUAAUAUGUGAACAUAUAUUGGGUAUAUAAAGUUAUUUUACUCCUAUUCUGUGGUCUUCUGCUUCUGACAAACUAUCUGCUCUGUUGUCUUCAUUCACCCAACUUCCUGGCUAUUGCACAUCCUGUAACAAACUUCCUGUCUGGAGGUCUUCCUGUAACGUACUUCAUGUCUGGUCA